UCCCGCUUUUGGCUUCCGUCAGAAGCCAAUCUUCCACACAACCAUGUCACGGCAAGUUUGAUUAUAAUAUAUAUAUUUAUCCAUAAUUUUUCUGAACCAAGUGGUUUUUGACUGUAAUACUCAACAAGCGGAAUACAAGCCCAAUACUCUCUCGGCUUCUCAUGACCAGAUGGUGAAGCGGAUAACACUCUCACGGAUCAUCGUCUUCUUCCUUCUAUCAUCGGCCGUCGAUGCCCAGUCAAAUUCGCUACCGGCGGCUUCUCCGAUUGCUCCAUUUCACAACUGGGACCAGUCAUUUGCUCCCGUCGUUGUGGCCCUCGUUUGCGCCUUCUUCUUCAUUGGCUGCUUCGCCGUCUACCUCCACCACUGCUCUGACAUGGAACUCGCCGUCGGAGAUCCAACUGGCGCCCCAGCCAAUUGUUCUUCAAGAGGCCCGCAAGGUGUGGACCCGAAAUUACUCGAUACCUUCCCCAUCCUCGUGUAUUCCGCUGUGAAAAACCUCAAAUUUGGGAAAACCGCUGCGCUUGAGUGUGCUGUGUGCUUGAGCGAGUUCGAUCACCAAGAUACGCUUCGAUUGCUUCCGAAAUGUAAUCACGUGUUUCACCCUCAAUGCAUCGACGCCUGGUUCGCCUCCCACGAGACUUGCCCAGUUUGUCGCGCGAGGCUGAAGCCGACGGAGGAGGAGCCCCGGCAAGGUGAAAACGAAGUCGUGAUAGUAAUUCCGAAUGAGCCAAAUUCACACCAGGUGUUCGAUGAAAGUUCUGAGGGUAGAACGGAGCUUCAUUUAGCAGACAGAACAAGUUUGGAAAGGUGUCAUUCAACGGGUCACUCUUUGGGUUUGGGUGAAAUCAAAGGAAAGGAGACGGUCGAGUACAAUCUCAGGCUGUCGGAGGACGUGAUGAGGGGACAGAUUCCGGUGAAUCACGGAAAAAUGCGGCGGUCGGCGAGCUGCGAUGUGUUCCGUGGACGGCAUGGUGAUCAAGAGAGCAGUAGAGAGAAUUUGAUUCUUUGAAUGACACAAUUCUAAUCUGUAAAUGCUGCACAUAUAUAAAACUCUUGUGAAUGUGACAUAUCUAUGAGUUUCAAGUUUUCUGAAGCACUUUCGAUCGGUCAUCAUCCUCAGUGGGAAUAUGACUCUGGCUGUGAGCAGGAAAGAAAGUUCAAGAGUUCCUAUCCCAAUAUGUGGAUCCUCGAUAAAGUGCCCAGAUAAGAAUUUUGUCAUUUUAAGAUCGUUAUAUUUAAUUUGUCUUGUUUGUGUUAAUGUGGGCAUAGAUUAAAAGGCUGGGAAAAAAGAGGAGGGAGGCAGGUACAGGUUAAACCAACCACAUAUUU